UCAUUUGUUUAUUAUUGGCAAAUAAUUCAAUUUGGAAGUGCAUAUACUUAGGUUUUUUUUAUAAAUUGGUUUGAAUUUAUUGCUAUUCGUUGUCAGCAGUCUAAUUCAUUUUAAAUACAACACACAUACAUACAUACAUUGUAAAAAUGUCGAUCCGUAAUCCAAGACUACCGCUUUUACCUGGAUACGCGACUAAUCCAAUGAUUGGGAGAAAAAGCUUCGGUGUGCGUCCUAUAUUCACCACUAUAGACAACGUAAACAUGUUGAUCGACAAACCAGAAGGCGUAAAUAGAGUCCCAUCUUUGUACUGUCGUAAACAAGCACCGGAUCUUCCAACAUGGAUUAUGUAUGAUAAAAAUAUACUUCGGUUCCAAGGCUACUUUCAACAAACAAUGCAUGAAAUGCAUAUAGGGACACAUAUUUUGCGAAAAGUCGAUAUCUUAUUUUAUCUUGAAGAUGGUACUAUUAAGGUGAUGGAGCCAAAAACGGAUAACAGUGGAUUAACACAAGGAAAUUUGAUAAGUCGCCAAAGAAUUCGCCUUCCGUUCAGCUACGACUUGUACUAUGAUGUUCUUGAUCUGAAUAUUGGACGAAAUGUUACAUUCUUUGGAAAAGUAUUUAAGAUUGUGAAUUGUGAUAACUUCACUAGGGUGUUCCUUAAUCGCCUUGGCAUAAACGUACCCGACCCCAUACCAUGGCCAGAUGCAAUCGAGCGAACGCCCGACACUAGGAAGCCGCCAAAGCACCGACCUUUCAAACAAUUUUUGGAUUUUGAUAGACAAGUCUUGAGGUUUUAUGGCUAUUGGGACGACCGUGAUUCAGAGUUUGGAACAUUGCACCACCUGGAGAUUCAUUACUUCUUGGCAGAUGAUACUAUAGAGAUUAAAGAAGUCAUUGCCCCGAAUUCUGGCAUCGAAGCAGCGCCAAUGUUCUUAAAGAGGAUGCGUCUGCCUAGAAAAAUACCAGCCCGCAUUGAAAUGACGGGUGGACCUCUCGUUCCGUCCUACAGUCCUGCAGAUUUAAGUAUUGGAGCUGUUCUAAACGUGUUCGGACGAAAAGUUGUCCUCACUGACUGCGAUCCCUUCACCAAGGAGUACUAUCGUGUCACUUAUGGAUUUGAUACAUUCACAACAUUAUCAAUGCCCCAAGACACCAGCAAAGAAUGCAUCAGCGCCAAUAUGGCCGAUAGGGAAUUACCUCCGUGGAAUGGAUACGGAUCCUAUGACGAUUCUGCAGAGAAUUGCCGAACAGUGGAACCUAAAGCAAUUCACAGAGAUUUUAUGAAAUUCUUGAAUAAGGACCGAAUUGGAUUUGAUUCACACGUGUUGCGAUUCGCUGCUCGUCUUAUUUCAGACAAUCCGAUAGAUGUACGACGUUAUUUUAUCAUCAAAUACUUUCUAUGUGAUGACACCAUUGGCGUUUUCGAACUUGGUGAACGGAAUUCUGGUUUUAAGGGCGGUAAAUUCUUCCGUCGAGACAAAAUGUAUCUGCCUGAUGUGGACUUCUUCGUACCUAAAGAGCCGCCGACAUACACGGACCAGGACAUGUGGGUAGGCAACGAGCUCGUGGUCAACAAACACCGCUUCCGACUCAUCGCAGCUGAUGAAUAUGCUCUAAGAUAUAUGGAGCUUAACGCUGAACAGUAUCCUAUGGCGAAUAUAGCUUUAAUCAUGGACAAAAUUCGACGCACACUGGCUUCACAAGACAACGGUUAUAAGAAUUUUGUAGCAAGAUAUAUGGAAGCCACGGACCCGGAGAAAAAAGAACUUAUGUCGGUUAGAUGCUUCAAACAAGCCUUAAAGGAAAUAAUGUGCGAAAAGAUGACGGAGCACGAGUUUCUGACUUUGACAAGAUUUUUCCGCGGAGAUCCGGGCAAGGAAAAGAGCCCCCGACGAGAUAUGAUCAGGUCCCUAGUUUUCACGGAGCUCACUCGCGGGCUGUGGGACGAUCGUGAGCGUCUCCGUGAGGGUCUAAUGCAUGCGGACGAGGCGGGCUCGGGCGUGCUCUCCAAGGAGCGCCUGCGACAGUUGCUCCGAGCGAACAGACUGCCGAUAAAUCCCGAUCUAUUGGACUGCAUGUUGCAAGUGUUGGUCAGAGACGAGAACUGUAACAUCCAGUACGAUGACUUGAUGACGUUCCUGGACUUCCAGACUAGGCCUGUGUACAACCUUACGGAUGCAGAUUACGAGAAGGUGGUGCGACAUGCGCCUCCUGUUAAGGACACUGAAUGCAAGUUAUGGGCUGACAUGGAUAUAGAUAUUGAAGGCGGCUUUGUGAAUUGGAGUGCGUUCUUAUGUCAACUGAACUUGGAACAUCUUGUAAAGGAGCAGACGCCAUAGAGCCCAUAGAGUUAGUCGGUAUGAAUUAACAAGACCAGUUAAAUUAAGAAAAGUUACAAAUAGGGUUUUCGAGUGUCUGCAUUAAGAUCAUGUUUCAUUAUUUUAAUUUUACAUACAUUUUCCAACGCAACGAAACUUCUUGCUAACGAACAUGCUAUACAUAUAUCAUCAUUGGCCUAGCCUUUUAGCUGCUCUAUAUAGUCUGUAAAAUAUCCCCGCAAAAUUAUCAUCUUAGGGGCUAUAUUACGAAAGAUUUUCUUCAUCCGGUCUUUUAAGCCUAGUAGGAGAUCUGCAAAUGAGUAUUUUAAAUAUUGAGACAUGCGUCUAAAACCUGCAAAAAUGCGUUGUAUUUCUCCUAAGGUUGAAAAAUUACCAUGAUCUGGAAUACAAGGGAAUUCAAAGACGUGGACUUUAAAUACAGGAAAACAUAGUUAAUCGUAGGGCAACAGGUUUUUAAGCAUCCCUUAUUGAUGAUGAUUGAAAGGCUUGUCUAGUAUUGGAGUUUGUAUUGCGUUUAGAUAUUCCAACUAUCUAAUUCACAUUUUCGAUAGUAUUGUUUUGUAAAUAUUAUAUAAUAAUACUUAUAUGUAGUUUGGAAGUUGCUUUUCAUUUCGUGUGUU